AUGAGCAUGCGCAACAGCGACCCCAACAUGGGCCAUGGCAACCUCUCUGCAAAAGGCCCGAGCGGCCAGAACAUGGGCAUGGCGGCCUUGCAGGAAACGGCAAGCUUUGAAAGCUCGAAAAGCUUCAAGAGCUCAAGUGCGCGGGCGGCGGCUGCUUUGGGCCCCUGUGGGGAGGACUUGGUUCAAGGGCUCCCCCCUGACGAUUUGUGGUGCAAACUGACAGUGUCGGGCGUGGAGCUGAACAUGCUCGGUGUGACGGACGUGUUCUCGACCAUCAAGUCUGCUAUCACGACGGGCUCCGCUUGCUUUGGCGGCUACUGCUCGCCGUGCAUGGGAGUCAAGCCCGGCGAUCCCUUCAAGUUCAUGCUCGACAUCGGCGUGGAUGGCGCUUGCACAUCCUCAGACAGUUUCAUGGCGGAGUUCAACUUAUUUGCUGCCUUGCAAUUGUGCAUUGGCGGUGCGCUCGGGGACAUCGUGAACAAGAUUGGGUGGCGCAUUUGCAAAGAGCUGGGAAGGCUGAAGUACUUCCCUUUCAUCAACAAAAUGCACUUCACCUUGGGACUCCCCAUCCCACUGCCACCACCCUUGGGAGUGAGGGCCAACAUGGAGUCGAACCUGAACCUGGGCGAUUUGACGGACGCGGUGUUUAAUCACUGUGCCGGCCUGGGCUCGGGGGAGUACCGCUGCCUCAAGGACUUCUAUAACGCACGGGGUACCACCUCCAUUCGUGUCACAGUUGACAUGCUCAUCGGCGUGGAGAUUGACUUGUGGGUUUACAAAAUCACAAUCGGGAAAUGGCUGCAGGUCGUUGACCACCGCGUCCAGGAGCACGACAACUCGCGAGAGCUGGCAAAGAACAGCCCCUCCAGUUCGAGAACGCUUUGCGGGAAAGCGUGGUCCGGAGUGUCCUGCGACGCACGCUCCGGUGACCUAGGCCACCGUGCCAACGAAGACCACAACGGAGCCUCGGACGACUUCGAAGUUUACAGGCCGACUCGGAGGCGUCGCUCGCGUCGGCGUCGGCGUCGGGGCGGGGACUCGCGCCGGCGGCGCUCGCAACGUCGGCGCUCGAGGCGUCGUCGCAACUCACGGGAGCUCUGCGUGAAGCGCGAGGAUGCCGACAGCGGCUGGGGCAUGAACCUCGAGCUCCCAUGCCAGACGGACAACGACAACUUGGGUGUGAUUGUCCCCAUUGGCAGUAGCUCGCGCAAUUCUAAGUGCUGGAUGCCCGAUGAACCGGUGAAAUGCUCGAGCACAUCGGGCAAUAAGGGGGAGCGCUUGGGUGCCUUUGCCUGCAAGCUCUUGCCACUCUUGCGCUGCUUCGAUGCGCAUGGCGACACGUUCGAGGUGUACGAGGGCGAUAGAGGCCGCUGGUGUGCAAGGAGGACGGACGGUUCCGGCGGCUGGGGCUUGGACUUGGCCUUGGAUUGCACACCCACUGGGGAAGUCUUGGAUUGGACGACCAAGACCCUGACGAUCGGACCGAGCGGUCGCAAGACCAAGUGCGUCAUGGCUGAGGAGGCCUUGGAGUGCGAUGCAGAUGCAGGUGAUCCUCAUAAGCGCGCUAACAAAGACCAUGUACAUGCCCCUGAUUACUUCUAUAUCUCUGUUCUCGAUGACGGCUACGUCUGCGCAGAUCGUAUGGAUUCGAGCCAUGGCUGGGGCAUGGAUCUGAAGAUCCAUUGUAAAGCCAGGGACAAGGUGCAGACAAAGGUCGACAUCCACCUUGGCGCAUCUGGGGGCAACCACAUCAAGUGCAAGCCUGUCAACCGGGCGCUUGAUUGUCCACCAUAUGCUGCAGACCCUGGCUACCGCCUGGGCAAUGAUGAGCACGGGGACACCUUUGUCGUCUACUACAUCAAUGAUGAGCAGCUCAAACCUGUGGAGUCUCGGUUCGAAAGUCUUGAUGUGGGGCGUGCACUUGGCGUGCAUUUCCUGUCCCGCCGCCUGGCUCCAGCAAGUUGGAAAGUUGUCCCUUUGCCUCGCGUGAAAUUGGUCGACCCUCGCAGCAUCAUGCCCGUGAGCGUGCCUUCUGCGACCAAGAUUCCCAUCCAGGGUGUGGCUCUUGGCGACUUCGCCGACAGCGUCAACUUCGAGUAUGGUGAAGAGAAGCUCAGUCAGCAUCACUAUGACCGCGAGGCGCUUGCCAAGCUGCCGGCCCGAAUCUGGAUUCCCGAGCUUGGGGAGAUGCCGUGUGAGCGUGUUACAGGCUUUCAGAUGGUUCGCGUCAUCAACUCGGAGCUUGCCAAACAGCUCGUCCUGCUCGUCCUCUUCUUGGACGCGGAGGGCCGGCGACGAUACCAGUUCGGAGAAAACCAUCUUGCCACCCAGCUGCUGUCGGAGGAGCAGCGGAAGAAGGUCAACUUCAUUGGUGGCCCGGUCGUCAUAUUGAAGAACACCCGCUUCUCUGUGCUGAAGUGUGACAAUCCGAUGGACCUCAGCUUAGCAGACUUGCAUCGGUGGACGAAGGCUGUCCCAAACUUCCACGUGCCAGGCAGGCCGGCACCAAUUGCCCGGCCACUUCGCCAAGGCCCGAGUCCAUUUCAGACGCAAGGAGGGCUGGCAAAGCCGUCGGGGGCCCGAAUGGAUCCUCGGCAGCUGGCCUCACCAGCCAGCUUCCCAAGCCUACCAAAACCGAAAGCCGCCAAGCCAGUGCAUCCGCUGCCCAAGCGGAGGGUGGCCCCCAAGAUGCAAUGUCCUCCACAAUCUCCUCCGGGCUUGAAGCUGCAACUGGAAGAUCCGGAAGAUCAGCAGUUGGGUCACUUGAGUAGCGGCUUGAGCAUGGCCGCCACAGCUUCGGCACUGUCGGUCGCCUCGGAUUUCGAAGCAUCCUCGGUGUCCGCGGCAUCGGAGUGCCCCCCGAGUCCGGCAUGUUCGUCGAAGGCUCCAGAGACUCUGCAGAGUUUCGCGGAGACCGCGACGUUUCAAGAGUCGACUCCCGCAGAUUGGAGUGUGGAGCGGGUCGCGAGCUGGCUCGCGAGCUUGGAUAAUGCAGCUGGCACGUGGGAUAGGUAUGUGGACAGUUUCCGCGAGAACCAGAUCAGUGGCAAAGCCCUACGCAGCCUGACCAUGGAGGAGCUGCGUGAUGACCUGGACAUCAAGGCAUUCGGACCACGCAAGGUCAUCAUGGCGGAGAUUCAGAAGCUUUUCAUAACGGGGCAAUGCAAGACUUUGGCAAGACCUGCCGCAGGAGACCAUCCUGCCUCGCACAUGUACAGGCUGGGAAAUGCCCGCGCCCUCCAAGAGGCACAAGACCCAGGAGCAGACGCGCCGGAGGAUUCGAUCGGCGAAGCCCAUUCGCAGCUGCACAAUGUGACCUUUGAAUUUACGGCAGCUCAUAUUGGAGAUGAUUCAAUCUACUCGAACACUCUCCUGGACUUCCGCAAUGCGCCGUUGAUCGACACAACUCGGGUCGACCUCUUGGAUGAGUUCUUGUGCUUGGAGAAUGCUGGGAAUUCGAAGAAGAGAGCAAACGAAAAGAAAGUUGCAGAACCUCAGCUUGGACGCCCUGGCGACAAGCAAGCUGAGCAAGAUGAAAUCGCGCACGAGAUGGCGGACUUGGCUGUGCUACUUCCUUUAGUCGCUGAGCAUGUCGAGCGACUCACUCAGGCUCGGCGCAGUCAAGGAAAGACAAUCGAGCACCAGUUGGCCUGCUGGCUGGACAACUUCAUGGCAAAGUGGGGGAGUCAACAGCUGCGCAGCGAGCAGGCGGAGGAGGUGGAUCUUGCCUAUGUGGUCCAGUGCACAGAGAACUGGGCGGAAGGUCGGAUGGUUGCGGAGGGAGCGCAUUGCAAAGUGUACAUGGGCGUGCACAGGGAUGGAGAGGAUGCUGGGGGCGCAUUUGCCGUGAAGAGGCUGCUGUGCCAGGACGAUGAUGCCGAGAGCCGCCGGAAUUUGGAGCGAAUGUACCGAGCCGAGAUCGACACUUUAACACGCAUCACGCACCCGAACAUCAUCUGCCUCCUCGGCUACAGCAAAGGCCAGGAGGACAUGGUGCUGAUCUAUGAGUUCGGGGAGCAGGGCAGCCUCGAGAAGGCCUUGCAAGAAGACACGCUUGCAGCGAAGCUGAAUUGGGCUUUGCGCGUCAGGAUUGCGCACGGAAUCUUGGCGGGCGUCCGGCACUUGCACGAACAGCAGCUCUACCACCGGGAUGUCAAGCCUGGUAACAUCGUCCUCAUGGAAGAUUUCACCCCCAAGCUGAGCGACUUUGGACUAUCAAGAUCCUUCCAACAGGCCGAGUCGGAUGAGGUUCCGGAGGGGACGGCUGAGUUCAUGUGCCCUCGGUACGCAAGCACCCGCAAGUUCGACGAGAAGAGCGAGGUCUACGCAAUUGGGAUCACAGUCCUUCAGAUGGCCACCGGCAAAACUGACAUGAUAUCGGGUGCCCCUGCACUGAUGGACCUUCUGGACGAGAUGGAGAUGGACCCGGACCAGGCUUGGGCCUCCAUUUGUGAGGCCCGCGACCGGCGCCCCCACUUCAACAAGGGCUUGCGACCUUUGGUGGAGGCUUUGUCGGACAUGGCGGUGUAUCUCAGAUGCAAGGAACCGUAUGGAAACAUUCCGAAGCAUCAGAUGCCACAGGCAGCAUCCGAGCUCGCGGCCAGUGUGGCAAGCGAGGCCAGAUGCGGGCACUCGGGGGUGAACGUGCUGGACAUUUCCGAGGGCUUGCAGAUUUCAUUGCGAAGCGGCGAUGUUGCGGUGCUGCGCGAUGCGGUCCUCAUGGUUACGACGGCCGAGACCUACGAGAGACACGGCUUGGAUGUGGAGGUGCUGGCAAAGGGGCAGGUCCCACUGCAGAUCCCACUGCCUGAGAAGUCGGUGGUUCUGGGCCCAUUGCUGGAGCUCCGCCCACAUGGGGUGCACUUCGAGGAGCCCGUGCUGCUUGUCUUCCCCGUUUGUGUCGGGGCCACGAAGGUCUGGCGCUCUGAUGCCAACGGCUGGGAGGAAGUGGCAGAUGUCCGGUUCAGUGCGGGCCACGCCAUCCUCCACUUAGAACACUUCUGUCAGGUGGUGGCAGGAGCCCUGGAGCCCGUGAGAGAGCCGGUCAAGAUCAAGGGCUACAUGAAGGCUCAGGCUGCAAAGUGGGCCAUCACACAUGUCAGUUGCGAAAACUGCACACGGCUUCUCGCAAAGCAUCUGGCGGACAUCGACUCGUUGGAGGGCUACAGGCCCUGCGAACCACUCUUCAAAAACGCCACGUAUUCGCACAAGCAGUUCUUGGAGCUGUCUUGGCCUGAUUCAUCCGACAAUGUCAGCGCCGAGCCAGGGAUUUUGGACUUCGAGAAGUUUCCGAUUGUCUCCACGUUUGCAUGGCUGGUCCCUUCACCACCCGAUGUUGAACUACGGCUGAGAGGCAAGGACGGAGAUGAGGUCAUUCGACGCGCGUUGCGCUGCCCGGCAGGCAGAGUGCCUUUGCUUUCGAAUUUUGAUGAUCGUUGUUCCAGACCUUGGAUCUUGCAAGUUGCUGCGUGUUGCUGCUUGAUGCUGCUUGCAUAA